CGCCAGUACAUGUAGUAAUGCAAGUCACUAUUGGAAUCGCCUUCAUCAAAUUCUUUAGAUUUGCUCAAUUGUGAACCCCAACUGGCUGACGAUUGUAGCCUGUCAUUCCGAGUAAACGUUCGAUUUUCUGCGUGAUAAAGAUCAGUCGCAAUUCAGAAGAGCUAUAACUUAAAUCACCAUGGCAGAUUUAGUAGGUGGAGCUGUGCAACAGCAGCUCAUAGCAGCGACAAAGAUAAUGGAGGAUCAAGUUGAUGCGGAGUUGGAUAAAAUUGAUCGGAUGCAGGAUGACGAUUAUGAUAAACUACGUCAGAAGCAACUUGAGAACAUGAAAAAAUCUGCUGAUCAACGGCAAGAGUUCCUGAAGAAAGGUCAUGGAAACUACUCUGAAGUUCCUGAUGAAAAGGAAUUUUUCAACACAUGUAAAAACAGCAAUACUGUUGUGUGUCAUUUCUACCGUGAGAGUACAGAGCGGUGUAAAAUUGUGGACAUGCAUAUGAAUAAACUUGCUCAACAACACGUUGAAGCAAAAUUCAUCAAGAUCAAUGCGGAGAAAGCUGUAUUCCUGUCUAAGCGACUCAAAAUUGUAGUUCUUCCAACAAUAUGUAUUGCUAAGGAUGGCAAGACUGUUGACUAUAUUGUUGGAUUUGACGACAUGGGUGGGCGCGAUGACUUUCCCACAGAGAUGCUGGAAUGGAGGAUUGCCCGUACAGGCGUACUCAAGUACAGUGGUGACUUGAUGCAUCCUCCCGGUUCUGAUGAGCAUAGCAAAGGUGGUAAAUUAUCAUCAAUACUCGGACGUUCAUCGAAGAAGAACAUUCGUGGUCGUAAAGGUGAUGAUAGUAGUGAUGAUGAUGACUGGUAACAUUGUAAUUAUUGCUCGUGUUCAAAGAUUUUGAGAACAUUCUUUCGUGCUUAAUAAAGUUGAAUGGAAGCUGAGAGUCUUAAAUGCAAUUUUUCAAAGCGAAUUUUGCAUGCGUACGAUAGAGGACCUGCAAAUAAUGUCAGAAUUUGCACUGAAAUAACUUAGUUUGCAAAAUACUGUGUCACUAAAAUGGCUGAGAAUUCUUUCCUGAAUGGACCAGACCCAGUCUUCCAAUUCCAUCAAGGAAACAUCACAAAUAGUUUGCAAGCACAAUGUAUAAUAGCAGUUGAAUAAAUGUUAAAAUGAUUUGAAGGAAAAUGUUUUGCUAUAGAUGUAAGCUAUGGGCAACUGAUUAAAACUGCAUGCUGCCAAAUUAUUCCAGGUUACACUCUUACAGUAACCCUGUGGGAAAAAACUAAAAAUGUUGUUCAUCAGCCUUGAGUACUGCGUAGCAAUAUGAGGUCAUUUGCAUUAUUAUAAUGACUGCCGGGAAAAUAAAAAAAUGGUUCUUCUGUUA